AUGUAUGAGUUAUAGUCGCCGAUUUAACAAACCUUGAAUGAGCAAAGACAGACAUAUGAGGUGAAAGCCUCAUCAAACAGCGCAUUUUUCCUGCACUUGUGCCCCAUUUGUUCGACACUUCUUCGAUCGCAGCAAAUUGUUGCCACCUCCUGCUGUUGAGCCCACAAUUCAACUUGAUUCAGUCGGCUUUCGGUCGUUGUAGAGUAGGUUUGUGAGACUCCUGCUAGUGCUUGCCGUCUUUACCACACACAUGGGCGCUAUUUGAGUCGCUUUAGUGAGCUGUGCAGUGCCAAAGUGCCUUUCUAUGGAAUAUUAGACGCAGUUGCGACAAAAAGAACCCAUAAUGUUGCAGCAAAUCCUUCGGGACAUGUACGUGGACCCGGACAUCCUCGCCGAACUGGACGAGCAACAAAAACAGACCCUCUUCUGCAAAAUGCGUGAAGAGCAAGUCCGGAGAUGGAAGCUCUGGAACGAAAAACUGGGCGAUGAAAAAACAAUCCAACCUUCCAGUAAGAAAAAAACUGUGAGUUUCCUCAAAGGCGAAGAUGGGGAGCCAUGGGUGUGGGUGAUGGGAGAACACAAAGACGACAAAACCAUCGAGGAGAUCCUGAAGGAGGAAGCCAUUGAAAAAGCCCGGAAAAUGGCCGAGAAAGAAGCCGAAGAGUUGCGAAAACAAGUCGAAGCCCAACUUUACAUCGAACUCACCCCGAAAAUCGAGGAAAUGGAAGUCGCCCCCAAAAUCCCAAUCGACGAUGAUAUCUACUGUUCGGUUGAUGAGUUAAGGGAGAAGAUUAACAACAAACCGGACCAUUUUAACUAUAGUUUGAAUUCGUACCAGAGUAAGAAUAAGUUCAAUGUGAUUGACACGCGGGACGUUUUGCAAGAGAUCUCGCUCAACACGCAGAAAGUGGCACAGAGGGUUGCCCUAUGGGAGAAGAGACUGACUGAGGAGCGAACGUGUGAGAUCUUCCAGAAGAUGCAAAAGGAGCAGCAGCAGGUGGCCAAGGAGGCGGAGGAGGCGGAACAAAAGCAGGAGCAACUUUGGAGGGAACAAGAACGCAAAGCCAAACAAGCCGAACAGCAAAUCCGCGAAAUCGCGCGCCGCGCUCGAGAGGAACACAGACUGACAAACUUCGAAAUCGACACCUCCUACAGCACGAUCAACAACACGGGGGUUCCCCCGGGUCGUGGCGCAGUCGUCGAAUGGUACAAAAGCCACGAGAGGCCCAAAUGGACUGGCUUGGACCGGUCCAACAACGUGGAGUCGUGGUUCCAUGGCUUGAUCACGCGAUCUGAGGCCGAAAAGCUGCUGCUGGACAGGCCGUACGGGAGCUUUCUGGUCAGGCUGUCCGAGCGAAUUUGGGGAUAUGCCAUUUCGUACAGGGCCAAGGAGAAGUGCAAACACUACCUGGUCAGUGCAGGACUCAAGUACCAGUUUUUGGGCAACAACCAAAUCGAGCACGAAACGCUGCGUGAUCUCAUCGAAUACCACCGGGUUCACCCCCUCACCGGGGGCGAGAAGCUGGUGGAGGCCUGCCCCAGGAGCGCCACCUCCCCCCUUAAUGAACUGUUCGACGAAUGAAUUGUUCAGUCUCAAAGAAAACUCUGUGAUCGUUUGGCAUUUUUAUUACUACUGGAACGAUUCUAGUUCAGUAUUAAUCGCACUUAUCGCUUUUAUAAUCGAGUUUGUUUCAAUUUGUGCCUUGUCUAGUUAUUUUAUUAUUUAUGUGAACAUAAUCGGUUGUAUGCCCCAUUUUAGGGCAGACUACAUGAAAUAAACGAUUUUGCUUAA